AUGAGAGUAUUCAUUUUCUUCAUAAUUUUAAUAACAAUGGUCAGUGUGGCUGUUUUCCUUGCUUUGGUCCAAUGGGGCAGGAAUGACUUAUUCAGAAAAGCAAAAGAGCAUGGAAUUAGGAGAACUCUGCAGGAAACCACUCCCAUCCAAGGUGAAGAAACAACCAGAAGAAGAGAAAGGCUUCUCGAAAGACAUGAUACAAUGGCUCCUUCACAGUUUUUGGCAUUUUCCAAAUAUUCAUAUCAAGAGACUCAAGCUAUCUCUCAAGCGGCCGAAAGCAUGGAAGCUUCGAUGCAGGUUUUGAAAGGAAAACUUCACCAGAAGCAUCAACGUUCAUUGCUUCCAAGUGAUGUGUUACCUGCUGAUGUUCUCAUGAUGAUUACCAAUGUAUCUGGAUGUCUGCCUUACAUGCUGCCACCAAAAUGCCUAGACAAUUGUAUGACCAGGAAAUACAGACAUAUCACCGGAGCUUGCCAGAACAGGGAACAUCCUAGAUGGGGAGCCUCCAACACAGCUCUGGCUAGAUGGCUUCCUCCAGUUUAUGAAGAUGGACUAAGUCAGCCCAAAGGAUGGAAUUACGGUUUCCUACAUAAUGGAUUUCCAUUGCCGUCGGUGCGUGAAGUGACAAGAAACAUUAUUGAGGUAUCCAAUGAGGCUGUUACUGAAGAUGAGCGACAUUCUGAUAUGAUCACUGUGUGGGGGCAAUACAUCAGUCAUGACCUUGCAUUUACGCCACAGAGUGUAAAUCGACCUUCCUUUCUGGGAGAAGCAGACUGCCAACGGACAUGUGAAAACAGGAGUCCAUGUUUUCCAAUACAGGUUUUUGCCAAUGAUACGUUCUCUACGAGCCUGAGCUGCCUGCCAUUUUACCGCUCAUCCCCUGCAUGUGCCACUGGUCACCAAGGAUUUCUCAUAGGAAACCUCUCUGUCUUAAAUCCAAGGCAACAGAUUAAUAGCCUCACCUCCUUCCUUGACGCAUCGACGGUUUAUGGCAGCACGCCCGCAGCAGAGAACAAACUGAGGAACCUGACAAGCGAAGAGGGCCUCCUGAGAAUAAACACGCAAUAUUUUGACAAUGGCCGCGAAUACCUUCCUUUUGUGGCCCAGGUGCCUUCCCUUUGCGCUCAAGACCCCAAGGCGGACAAGGAAGAAAGGAUUGAAUGCUUCAUGGCAGGAGACAGUCGAGCUAGCGAAGUCCCUUCACUGGCAGCUAUGCAUACACUUUGGUUGCGAGAGCACAACCGCCUGGCAAAAGCGCUGAAGGAAGUCAACCCUCACUGGAGUCCUGAAACGGUCUAUCAAGAGGCCCGCAAAAUUGUUGGCGCGCUGCAUCAGAUUAUUACCCUAAGAGACUACAUACCCAAAAUCAUUGGACCAGAUGCUUUUAACCAAUACAUUGGUGUUUAUAAAGGCUAUGUUCCCACAAUUAAUCCUUCAGUAUCCAAUGUAUUUACUACGGCAGCUUUUCGCUUUGGCCAUGCUGCAAUUCAUCCAGUCAUAAAGAGACUCGACGUUCAGUAUCAGAAUGAUCCAAAUCUUCCUAAUCUUCAAUUGCACAAAGCUUUUUUUACCCCGUGGAGACUUAUUAAAGAAGGUGGGUUGGAUCCCCUGCUAAGAGGAACUUUGGCAACUGCUGCAAAACUUCAGGUACAGGAUCAGCUGCUGAAUGAGGAGCUAACGAAGAAGCUAUUGGUGUUGUCUCAUAAUGGCUCUUUGGAUUUAGCAUCAUUAGAUUUACAGCGGGGACGUGAUCAUGGACUCCCAGGCUACAAUGACUGGCGAGAAUUCUGUGACCUGCCGAGGCUAAGGACGGAAAGCGACCUGACAAAAGCGAUAAAGAACAGGAAGACAGUGGAAAAAAUCAUGGGACUGUACAAAAACCCUGACAACAUAGAUUUGUGGCUAGCGGGCAUAGUAGAAAGCAUGCUUCCAGAUGCCAGAACAGGUCCACUGUUUGCAUGCAUAAUUGGAAAACAAAUGAAAGCAUUGAGAGAUGGUGAUCGAUUUUGGUGGGAAAAUGACAAUGUUUUCACUGAAGAUCAAAGGCGAGAACUCAUAAAAUAUUCCUUAUCCAGAUUAAUCUGUGAUAACACAGGUCUCACUGAAGUGCCCCUUGAUGCCUUCAUACUUGGGAAAUUUCCUAAAGAUUUUAAGCCUUGUGAAAAUAUACCCAGCAUUCAUUUAGGAGCUUGGCAGGAGACGUUUCACCCAGGGUUGAAUUGUGCUUUCCCAACAAGAGUGGAACAUGGUGACUUUGUCCAUUGUUCAGAGGCAGGGAAACUCAUUGUUACCUACUCAUGCCACCAAGGAUAUGAGCUAUUAGGAGAAGAACAAUUGUCCUGUAUACAGGGGAAAUGGAAUUUGAAAGCACCGGUCUGCCAAGACAUCAACGAAUGUGAAAAUAAAACCAAUCCCCCAUGCCACUCCUCUGCUCAAUGUGUCAAUACCCAAGGCUCAUUCCAGUGUCUUUGCACAGAUCCCUAUGAACUGGCAGAAGAUGGGAAAACAUGCAAAGAUUCUGGAAGGCUUUCCAAGGGUUCUCUAGUCUCCAUCAUUUUAGGUGUAAUUGUGUUCAGUUGUUUGGCAGUAUCAAGCUGGUUUGUGGUUUGCCGGUGGUGGUCCUGCUCGGCUAGAGACUCAGUUAAUUCACAGGUGUUAAAUGAUGGAAAGAAUCUGUCUCCUGAAGAAAACUGCCAAAACAGCUAUGAAAUGAAUAUAUCACAAACACAGUCAAAUAUACUAGUUAAACCAGUUGAUAAGGUAUGGUGUGCCUUAAAAGCUUCUGGAAUAUUGUCCUUUAAAUUAGUACAAGAAUUUUUCAUCCAGCAGCAUAUUUAGCUUUGUAGUUCAGCUAGACAACUCCAAAAUAUUUGUUCCUAAUGGGACUGAUCAUGCAUAUAAUAAUGCAGAAAGUCUUUACUAGGCACAACUUCAGCAGGGUUAUUGUAAUGGGAAAUUGUUCAGUAAGAAAUAAUGAAAACACAAGAUGAGCAGGGAUAUCGGAAAGUAAACAAUAGAAAGGGUUUUAAAAGAAGAAGGUGAUGUGAACUGUCUCAUCAAAAUACUGUAUUGUGGAUAACAGACCCAGAAUGCUGCUGAACAACACUACUGGAUAGUCACAGUUAUUAGCUUUUAAAAUAUUUAUCUCAUUUCAUUAUUUAUUACAUUUAUCUCCCACUUUUCUUCCAUGAGAGCCAAGAUGGCAUACUUGGAGAUUCUGACUCUCAUCCCCAAAAGCCAGACAUCUUAGCAUGAAGAAGGUUGCUACAGCACAUGGCUUCAUGUCGUGCCCAGGAACCUAGAAAUAAAGCCGCAAUAUACUGAAUUUUUUGAAAAGCACCUAGAUAUUUCGGGACGUAUCGAAUUCAGAUUCAUGGGGUGGGGGGAGAGAAACCAGGGUUGGUGCUUAAUUUUUUAAUAUGGUCCAGCUUUUUCUCUUAACAGAAGCCACUUGUUUUAUUAGUAAGAUUUCCAUUCCUGGCAGAACACCAGGAUAUCUUGCCAUUUCCAACACACGAUGAUGGCCUUCUUGCCAAUACCUUUGAACACAACACCCAUGGCAUUGCCCAUUUUUCUCUAUGGCUAAGCCCUCUGGCAGCUCUAGUGCUCUGCUACAAAGCUUCCUUGUGUUAGUUGCAACCAGUUUUGAGCUCAUUUUAACACUACAGAACAACUGCUAUGAAGAAAAGGAACCUAUAUUCAUAGGAUAAUGGCCUUGUGAGUUAUGCCCAUUUUGUUUUUGUUGGCGCUGUUAAUUGAUGAUCAGACAAACCCAUACUUAUGCAGUCCUUUGUUGUCCUGAUAGAUGUACUUUUUAAUUUUUUUACAGGGAUGUGGUGAGACAGGCGAAGUGAGACCAUGUUGACUCUGCUUGACCUUUCAGUGGCUUUUGAUAGCAUCACCCAUGGUAUCUUAUGGGAUGCCUCUGCAGGUUGGGUGUAGGGGGCACAGUCAUGCAGUAGCUCCAUUUUUACCUGCAGGGGCAGUUUCAGAAAGUAGCAUGGGUGGGUUCUGUUUGACCCCAUGUCUCUUACAUUAUAGGGCUUAUAUAAGUUCCAUUGUAUCCCCAAAUUUCUUGAACAUUAUAUGAACACCACCCACAUGACCCCAGAAGGUGUGGUGAUAUAGGAGUUUGGAGUAAGAUACCGUAUCUUACUCCAGGCAUCCAGCUCUUUCUCUCUGUCAUCGGGGUCAAAUGAGGCUGUUCCAAUGCACUGAGUUUAGUAACAGGCUGGAUAAGGAUCAAUAAUGUUGAAUUCUGACAAGAUGGGGGCGGGAUUAUGCUCAGCCUGUUCU